AUGUUUAAAAUCAAGAUAAGAUCCCCCAGUUCAUUCGGAGCUGGAGGGUUCGAGAAUUUUGAGGAAUCGUGGAAGAAGUUAGAGAGCGCCAUAGAGCUUAUAUAUGAAGGAAAAGCAAGCAAAUUAUCAUUCGAAGAACUGUAUGGCACAGUUUAUAGGACAGUUUUGAGAAAAAAUAGCAGUGAACUUUACGACAGAGUAAAAAGUGCUAUACAUUUAAGGCUCUGUGAUAUAAGAGAAAAUGAACUAAAGAUUUCAAAGGGCGCUUACCUGUCUAAACUAUACGAGGUUUGGCAAGAUCAGUGUGAUUGCUUAAGAAUGAUUAGUGAUGUCAUGAUGUACCUCGAUAAAGUUUACUGUAAAGAGAGCAGAAAGCCAUUUGUUUAUGACAUGGGUCUCGAGUUAUUCAGAGAUGACGUUAUGAAACCAUUGAGUUCAUUAACUCAUGAAAUGAUCGCACGUGACAUCAACGAAGGUCGAAGAUGUCAUACAUCCGUGGAUUUUGAUCUACUUCGAGAGCUUAUCGGUAUGAUGGAGACUUUGGUUGACACAGAUGAUUCCUAUUAUCUGACUGAAUUUGAACCUUAUCUUUUGAAAGAAAGCGCCAAGUAUUUCGGUAUUUUCGUUCAAUCUCAUUCGCUGGCACCCAAAGAUUACAUCAAUGAGGUCCAACGGCUCUUAGAAAAUGAGAGGAACAUACAUACAAAAUUCUUGAAUAGCGAUACCUCUGUAAAGGUAUUGAAUGUGGCCAAAAAUGUGCUGAUCACUCAAAAUAUGCAUUUCAUUGUGGAUGAGAGCCUACCCGUUAUACUAGAUAGCCACGAUCUCGACAGUUUGAAAUUACUGUUUGGUUUAUGCAAAGAACCAGGUGAUCAAAACAACCUCUUAAAACAACUGAGGCAGAUAAUUGUGGCUGAAGGUCUGUCUAUUGAAGAGGACGUAACUCAAAAGAAGAAAGCUAUGGUUGCAGUCAAAUGGAUCAGCGAGAUUAUAGCAUUGAAACAGAAAUAUGAUAAUAUUUUGAAAGACAUAGGGGCGGACAACAUUCGUAAUACGAAGUCAGUAAGCGAAGCGUUUUCAACCUUUUUAAACCAAAGGGGCAAAAAAUCUGCAGAAAACCUUGCAUUGUACAUCGAUUUCACACUUAGGUCAUGUAAACAGCUGGAACCUUCCACCAAAACUUCACUCGAUCAUUGUGUUACACUUUUUAAACUACUAAGGGAUAAAGAUAUCUUUGAGAAGCUCUAUAAGCAACAACUCUCGAAGAGACUUCUUCAACGAAGAUCUUCUCUUGAUAUAGAGAAAGAAAUAAUAGCUAGAAUGAAGGAAGAGGUCGGAAUUGCAUAUACUUCAAAAAUGGAAGGUAUGUUCAGAGAUAUUAUCAUAUCACAAGGUUACAAUGUAAAAUUUGUACAACAAGAAAAGCUUCCCUUCGAUUACGAGGUUGAUGUCCUCACCACAACCUGUUGGCCAUUCCAGAACACUAGUUCACCUCAAGAUAUCGUAAUCCCUCCGAAAUUAGAAAGACUUCGACUUGACUUCGAAAAUUUCUAUAUCAAAUCACAUAGUGGAAGAACACUCAAGUGGGCGUAUCACUUGGGUUCGAUGGACAUCGGAUUUCAAUUCGCCAGAACAUAUCAUGUUCUAAGCAUGCCAGUAUAUGCUGCAAUAAUUUUCAUGCUUUUCGAAAAUUAUAAUGAAUUAACGAUGCAAGAAAUAAGAGACUUGACCCACAUACCUGAACAAGAGCUUUCUAGGCAACUCAUAUCGAUGGCGGUCGCGCCGAAAACAAGAAUUUUAAAAAAGUUUCCUGCGAAUAAGAUCAUACACGCCUCUGAUAAAUUCUGCAUUAACGAAUCCUUUACUGCACCUACACUCAAAGUCAAGGUUUUGACAGUAAUGGCAAAAGCUGAGCCAAAUCCGCAAUCUUAUGGCGACUACGCGGUGGCAAUGAAAGAAGUUUCCGAUGAGAGAACGCAGCUUCUGGAGGCAACUAUUGUUAGCACUCUUAAGCCAGUCAAGACAAUGACACAUAAGUCAUUGUUUGAAAAAGUCCGUCAACGACUUAGUGGAAGAUUUGAUAUGCCUGAAGAAAUUUUUAAGGAUAGACUCCAGUACUUGAUAGAAAAGGAAUAUGUACAACGUGAUCCUGAUGAUCCCUCAGUCUAUCACUAUUUACCAUAA